AUGGCUACACACGGAGCUUUCUUGGCACCAGUGCUAGUGCCUCUUAACAGCUGCUUUGUGAAUUUACCUCUUGCUUUUGUGCAGACAUUCUUGAGUCGCCCAGAACUCAUGGGCCCUGGAUCGAUCAUUCUAGAGUUAUCCUGGGAGACGAUAGAUGGAUAUAUACAGCGUGUAUGUGUUGGAUGGAUUGGAGGCAUCAUUAAAUACAGAACAUUACGCAGCGACGUUAUUGAAGUGCCGAUUGAAUUUGCACGUUGUGUAGGGAUUCAAGAUUAUCUGGACAAGACACCACAGUCAUAUAUUGGAGUUCAUGUCAUAGAAACGCUGCCAAUUGCUCGACAAGUGAAUGUUGAGCCUUGCACGCCUGAUGACUGGGAGCUGAUUCAACUGCAUGCGGGAGCUAUUGAAACAGAGCUAUUACGACAGAUGUGUGUCGUCAACGAAAACCAAGUGAGCCCAAUCUGGAUUAAUCAGCACACGCUUAUUCGAGUUAGGGUUUCUCUCUCGGUUGGGAUGGAACAUGCUCGAUUGACUCCUGCCUCGGAAAUUAUUGUUGCACCAAAAGAACGUCCACCUCAGGCGACAGAUAACGGAUUAAGCCGCGAUCUGUAUUAUGAACAAUCACUGCCGUUACUCGUUCAAGUCGAUGUAGAUGCACUUCAAAACGAUACGGUUGACGAAGUAUGGGUUCAUCCAGAAAGCCUGGUGAUGCUUGAUGGUGCAUUAUUUCCGAACGCACCUGCAGAUGCACAAGAAGCUUCUGUUGUGGUGUUAUGGUGUCCAGAAUCAAAGCCGAUUACCGAAAACAACGAGCAGUCUGAGGCUGCAAGAAAACAACCUAUCUGUUGUGUUGCUAGGCUGAAGGCCUGUUCUGGCGUCGUACGGGGUCAUAUCAUUCCCAAUCGAGGCGUGAUAGCUACUUUGGGCAUCACGACUCAUGCAUCUGUCUAUCUUCGCGUUUUGAGAGUACCAGAGCUCUCUCCUACUUCGGUGACGUUAUGCGUGAACUUAGAGAGUCAUGACGAAAGCCACUCUGCAUUAGCUGAUCGAAUUCGGCAGUCAUUUUUGCGCUGGGCCAGCUCGGCUGAACACAGCCACAUUAUUUGCUCAGGAUCGGUCCUCCGUCUUGAUCUGGAUAACGAAGAAGUCAUUCAAGCUAUUGCUGAAGUUCAAUACGAUGCUGAAGAAACAUUUAGCGUGAAGCAGCUGGAGGAUAUUCCUGUCGGCGCAUUACACAAGUACACCGUAUUGGGUGGAAGUAAAGGUGGUUACGUUUUAUCGAUGGACGAAGUUGCUGUGCAAAAUGCAGUGGGCACCCAACGACAAGUCCUAGAGAAGCUGCAGACCCGGGUUUUGUCCACUAGAACGUUGAACAUGUCAAUCGUGGAGCUAUCGCGCAGCGCAAAACCCUAUGCUAUGUUGAUGAAAGCUGUGCGCCCUGUCUUGUCCCGAGAUGCAUUAGCAGCGCGAGUGUUAAUGGGUGUAAAACCUCCUGGGUGCGCCUUGAUUUAUGGUGAACGAGGCAGUGGCAAAUCGACUUAUCUGCGCGCUAUAGUACAUGAUAUUCAAAGUUCGUCAAAAUUUGCUGCUUUUGCAACAACGGUCGAGUGCAGGAACUUGCGAGGUCUCAAAAUGGAGGCUGUCAAAUCACGACUGACUGACCUGUUCAAAGAGGCAGCCACGCACGCUCCUGCACUGAUCGUCUUGGACAACUUGGACGCACUGGUACCUGAAGAAAAUGAGUCAGCAGGUGCAGCUAACGAACAAUCGCGGCGUAUCGCGGAACUAUUGCUGGUUUUAAUGAAUCAUAACUGCCAGCGCAUGCAGAAGUCCACAGGCGAGUUGAAUGCGUCUUUCAAGCGAGAAUGUGAAGCCAUUAAUGGUUUGCCUCACAGCCAGAAAAAGAGUGCUCGAAAGAAGCUGCUUGAGACGAUCGGCAGCGCCAUGCAGAGCAAGAGUGUGGCUAUCGUCGCAGCUGCUCGGUCCGACACGAGCGUUCACAAGACGUUGCGAGGCUGCGGGCUCUUUGACCGCCCCAUUCGAGUGUCUUUACCAGAUGCAGGGCGGCGAGAAAUAGUGAUACGCGAGAUGCUGCAAAUGAAGGUAAAUGCUGCGAAUUCUACUCGUAAAGGAGCGAAGGGUUCACGGGAAAUUGUUAUCGACCCUUCCAUCGAUUUUGGACUUCUCUCAUCCCUGACGGAAGGGUACAGUCUCCGUGAUUUAUCAGGCGCCACGGAUCGUGCCUUGCAUCAAACGUAUAAACGCCACGCUCUACUGCAACCUGCGAAAGGUUGUGAAGUAGCCUACAAGGUACAGCAAAGCGAUUUUGUGAAGGGUAUUGAAGACUUUCAACCGACAGCAUUAAUCGGAGUCGAUCUUUUCAAAAGCUCUGUCAAAUGGAGUGAUGUUGGAGGGCUAAAACAAGUACGAACAGUACUAAAGGACACGCUGGAACUUCCUACUCGCUAUGCAAAAUUGUAUGAAAGCACACCAAUAAAGCUUCCAGCUGGGAUGCUGUUGUAUGGGCCUCCUGGAUGCGGAAAAACUCUGCUUGCUAGCGCUGUAGCGCACGAAUGUGGCUUGAAUUUCAUCAGUGUGAAGGGCCCAGAAGUUCUGAACAAGUACAUCGGUGCCAGUGAACAGGCCAUUCGCGACUUGUUUGCGCGUGCUGGCUCGGCAGCUCCGUCAGUGCUCUUUCUUGAUGAAUUCGAUUCAAUUGCUCCCCGUCGCGGUGCCGAUAACACCGGUGUCACCGACCGUUUGGUGAACCAGUUGCUUACAUUCUUGGAUGGAGUGGAAGCCCAAAAGGGCGUCUACGUACUAGCAGCGACGAGUCGACCCGAUAUGAUUGACCCAGCACUUCUUCGGCCAGGACGUCUCGACAAAUCUCUUUACUGCGGCUUUCCGAAUGAAGAAGAGCGCUUGGAUAUUCUUCGUGCCGUAUCGAAGGACAUGGAUCUUUCCACCGAAGCACUUGAAUAUCUUUCUGAAAUUGCAAGUGAUCCAAAGAGUGCUCACUUUUCUGGUGCUGACUUGCAGGCUAUCAUGUACUCGGCCCAGCUAGAACUUGUGCACGAAAAGCUCAAUGGCGACAACUCCACUCAAAUUACCAAGGCACAUGUACAGAUGUCAUUCCAACAUGCCAAACCAUCGACGUCUGAUGCUGCUCGUCUCGAAUUGGAGCGCCUGUUUUCCAACUUUUCCAAGAUCCGCAAGACUGAUUUCUCAAUUGCAGACGCUACUGUCUCGACUACCAGUGAGUUGCUCAAGUCACAUAUUGCACACCAACGUACAGCUCUUGCCUAA